AUUGUUUGGGUUGUUUGUUUUGUCCUGUGUUUAAUUCUAGGGUGUAGGUCUCUUAUUCUGGGAUAUUGUCUUGUUGUGUUAUAUAUCGUUGGUGUUAGUUUUGUGUCACUGUUGACCUUCGAGUCUUUGGUUCGGGGCUUUAUAUUUUUUCUCUUUUUGGCACAUGAUGUGUUAGUUGUGUUUUUAUACUGUGUAUAGAAUGAGUGAUACUGCGGGUAGUGUUCACAAUUCACCGGUGUCUUCUUCGGGUACCGCUGCACCUUCAUUUGGUGGCGGUGUGGAGAGUAUCAAUGACGGACCUGCUGGUUAUACUGUUUCAUCACCGCUAAUGUCAACUGCGGAUAUAGGCAUGCCUACGGGUAUUUCUACUGCGCCUUUGGGUAAUGAUUUGGCUGGCAUGAAUCAGCUACCAACUGUCUAUUUGCCACCAAUUCACUAUACCUACGACCGGAAGACAGGACAGUUGGUUCAAGUAACUGAGGGCAAUCAAGGAGUGAAUCCUGGUGUGGCUAUUCCUCGUACUACUGUGUUAAACUCCAACAAUGUGGCAACAUCAUCACCUGUUCCUCAUAGCAAGAGUGCUCCUGUAACUCCUACUGGUAAUGCCUCACCGGGUUCAUUUAUUUCUCAAGGUAUUCCGGGUCAAGUAUCGCAGCAAUCUAGAUUUGUUGGUGUUGACGUGCCAGCAUCAUCGGGUAUUUCGGGUUCAUCAUUGCAGGGCUCUCAGUUCCCGGUUCCUCCACCUAGUGCUCCUAUGGUUAUGCCACAGGGUAUGUUACCUACUGCUCCUAUUUCUACUACUGGCGUUUCAACUCCUGGUGUGACAACUGUUGGUCACACUAUGACAUCUGGUAUAUAUACGAAUCCCGUAUAUCCUCAGGUUAAUUACGUUGCUCCACCUGGUGGAUACCCUCCUAUGCCACAAUGGCAGAUGCCUGUUGGCUUCGUUCAACCAGGUGUUUAUGGCAACCCUGUAGGUGUACAAUACCGUGAAGCGCCAUUACCUGUUAAUCCAACAGGGGCUACGCAGGCAUUUGCCAAUACAUUUCAGCGUGCUUACAACGGUACUGCUAGGGUGUUACGUGGAUUCGAUGACAUGUCAUCUGGUGACAUGAUGCAUGGUGUUCAGCGUAUGCUGAACCCUGCUGGUGCUGAAUUUGUCAAGGCUGCUGUAUUCAGGUUACGUCGUUUAGAGGAUGUGCCUAUAGCUUCUGGUGCUAUGAGCAGGGUUGCUUACAGUUUAGUUGCUUAUUUCGACCCUGCUACUGAGAAUUACGGUGUAUAUCACUCUCAUCCUCGUUAUCCUCAUCAGGGUACUGCGGGUCACUUGGUUAAUUGUGACCUUGAUGGUGAGGUUGUUAAAAUUCCCUGGCAGGGUGAGCCAUAUGUAUUUGUGAAGAUUGUUGAGCAUGUGAAUCAGAUGGAGACUGUGGUAGGUCGUUUAAAGCUGCAUGUGGAAUCACUUGUUCGUGACCAUCCUUUACGUGUGAAUAUUAUAAGUGACCGUAAUAACAUUUGCGGUACUGUGAUAUUUGAAUUUUCGGUUGGUCACAUGAGCUUCGAGGAGAUGCGUGACGCUCAGGACAAGGCGUUACGCUCCGCUACUGAGCGUCGCUCUAUGGAAUACCAAUAUCGUUCUCGUAACUAUCCUGAUUACGACGCUUCAUUGCGUCAGCGCGACCAGUAUGCUCGCGACAGUCGAGCUUCUGAGUACCAGCGUGCGAAUCCGCCUUACCGCGGUCGUUCUUACACUCCAGCUACUGGUGAGGUUCGCAUUCCUGCUGCUUUGAAUCACUUUGUGCGGUGGUGCUGUGACAUCACAGACAGCGAGUUGUACUGAGGCUUUUAUGGUGCCAACUAUUGUCUUAUAAUUACUGUUAUUGUAUAAUUAUAUUUGCACGAUG